ACGGUGUCAGUGUUUAGAAUCAGAAUUCUGAUUCUGAUUCAACAGUGAUAUUAAAUAUAUUCCCAAUUAUCAAUGUGCCACAUGAGUUUUUCUUUUUCUUUCCCCACUGUUUAAUGUUAGACGUGAUAAUCAUUCUUGUUUGAAAUGCGCGAAAAUUAAACAAAGUCAAGAUCUCCGCAGGUCGUGCCGCUGUCACACGUUCGCGGGCUUCACACGGAGCGUGUAAACUGCGCAUGCUCCUUGACCUUGCGAUUAAACCACGCCCGCGUGAUGUCGUCAGACCUGAAACACCCAGUAUUUAGUCUGUGCCGUCAGGAAGUGCGCAUGUUUUAAAAGAUGGCGGACGUUCCUAUUGACGCACCAGAACACUGUCCGGGUACAAGCAGUGAUCAGGCUGGUAAAUCAUCAGCAUGUCAAGGAUGCCCAAACCAAAACAUAUGUGCGUCUGGUGCUGCCAAAGCUCCUGAUCCAGCCAUAGAGGAAAUCAGACAGAAACUGACCUCUGUGAAUCACAAGAUUCUGGUUUUGUCUGGAAAAGGGGGUGUUGGGAAGAGCACGUUCAGCGCACAUUUGUCUCAUGCAUUAGCUAGUGAUGACUCCAAAGAGGUUGCACUGCUAGAUGUGGACAUCUGUGGGCCAUCUAUACCAAAGAUAAUGGGGUUAGAGGGGGAGCAGGUUCAUCAGAGCGGCUCAGGCUGGUCCCCAGUGUAUGUUGAGGACAACUUGGCUGUCAUGUCCAUUGGCUUCCUGCUCAGUAGUCCAGAUGAUGCUGUUAUCUGGAGAGGACCCAAAAAGAAUGGCAUGAUAAAACAGUUUCUGAGGGAUGUGGACUGGGGAGAAUUGGACUAUCUGAUCGUAGACACGCCUCCAGGAACAUCUGAUGAGCAUUUGUCCAUCGUGCAGUAUCUCAGCAGCGCUGGCAUCGACGGAGCCGUCAUCAUCACCACCCCGCAGGAAGUAUCUUUGCAGGAUGUGAGAAAAGAGAUCCGAUUCUGUAUAAAGGUCAAAAUACCUAUCAUAGGUGUGAUUGAAAACAUGAGUGGCUUUGUUUGUCCUAAAUGCAAGAAUACAUCACAGAUAUUUCCUCCGACCACAGGAGGAGCACAGAGAAUGUGUGAAGAACUAAAUCUCCCUCUUUUGGGCAGUGUACCCUUGGAUCCACGGAUAGGGAAAAGCUGUGACGAAGGAAAGUCUUUCCUAAAUGAAGUUCCAGACUCUCCUGCUGCAGUGGCCUAUGAGAAUAUUGUCCAGAAAAUCAGAGAUUAUUGUUCUUCCCACACUACAUCCAACAAUCCUUUUUGAUACAGAAAAUGUGUAUCAGAUCUUUGCCUAGCCAGCUGGGAUGUCCUAGGAAGAAAGAAAAGAAAGGUCAUUUAAUGGCAAUGGGCAUGUUUCAGCAGGCCAGGAGAAGUUAUGUGGAAUUUUAUUAUCAGAAAAGGUAGAAUGUGGGCCAUACAGUGGCUUUUCCAGUCAAUGAGAUGUAAUGGCUAUAAUGUUUAAUUUUGCUAUUCAAUUUCUUAAGAUGAUAAUUUCUACAUCCAAUCUGCACUAAAUCUCUAUAUUUUUAUUGAUAAUUAACAAGCUAAAACACCUGUUAUAGUACACACACACACACUUGUAUGAAGCUUUUUUGUACUGUUCCUAGGGGUGUGCGAUAUA